UUAUUACUCAUUUUCAAACGAACCUUUGUCGGAACCGCAUUGAGAAUAUUGUUUUAUCCGGAAGUUCCUCCAAUAAAAGUGGAGCUCAAAAUUUGUAGCGAAAUAAUCUACUUCGUUCGGCAAGAUUUGGAUGCUUGAUAAAUUAAAAUCAUGUCAGUUUGGCGAAGUCUUUUCAAGUCGGUCCUUCCCAGAACCUUUGGUGGAAUUUCGAGACGAAAUUUUUCCCAAGCCCUGAAAGGAACCGAAAAAUGUGCCAGUCCACCUUCGAAGGGUUUGAUCCUUGGUAUUUAUGUCGACGAGGAUGAUGUCUUCGAUUCCGGUACUCUAACUCCAGCUGCUGCUCGAUAUAAUGAGGCUCUCACAAAUGGCCGUUUGCUGGAGCUGAUCCACUUGGCCGGCCCAGUACCGAAACGUGGUGAAGUACGAGUUUUUUACGAUCUCGAGCCGACCUUCAAAGCGGUUGCCGUGUGCGGGCUUGGUAGUGACUGCCUGGGUUACGAAUCAUCAGAAAAGCUGGAUGAAUCCAAAGAAGCAAUUCGUAUUGCAACUGCUAGUGGAUGCCGCGAGCUGCAGCGUUUGGAGACAAAUUUUAUCUAUGUGGAGGAUAUGGGUCAUGCUGAAUCGGCGGCAGAGGGAGCCCACAUGGGCAUCUGGAUAAAUCAAGAACUUAAAAAAGUCGAGAAGCGAAAGUUCGUUCCCCACUGCCAGCUGCACAUCGAUCGUGCUCUUCCGUGUGAUGUUGAUGGGUGGCGAAUCGGCGUAAUCAAAGCCGAAGCACAAAAUUUGGCCAGACAGUUACAGGAAAUGCCGGCAAAUUUGAUGACCCCAACAACGUUUGCUCAGAAUGUGGUGCAGCUCUUGGCUAACUCUGGGGUAAACGUGGAAGUAAAGGUGCGCAGUUGGGCUGAGGCGCAAGGAAUGAGUUCAUUUUUAGCUGUUGCGAAAGGAUCUUGUCAACCGCCGAUAUUUCUGGAGCUAAGCUAUUAUGGCGCUGGUAGCAAGGAACGACCGAUAGUGCUCAUUGGUCAAGGUAACACAUUUGAUAGUGGUGGCCUGUGUAUAAAGACCUGCGAAGGGAUGGAAAUGAUGCGAGGUGAUAUGUCCGGAGCGGCAUGCGUUGUUGCUGCCUGUCGAGCUAUUGCGUCUAUGAAAUUACCUGUGAACAUUCGAGGUCUGAUUCCACUUUGCGAACAUAUGAUUGGUUGUAAUGCCAUUAAGCCGGGUGAUGUGAUUUCCGUGAAAAAUGGUAAAAGCAUCGAGGUGGUAGACGUAGAUCGUGAAGGACCUCUGGUUUUGAUUGAUGCGCUGUUAUAUGCGGAAACCUUCGGACCAAAAUACAUCGUAGAUGUUUCGACUACAUCCGAAUCUGUGCUCGACUCGUUUGGCAAGGUGUGCAGUGCGGUGUUCACUAAUUCUGAAACACUUUGGCAGCGGGUCAAGAACGCUGGUAUUCACACAGGAGACCGUGUGUGGCGUCUGCCAUUGUGGGAUUACUUUACGGAACAGGUGUCCUCUGUGGAACACGCAGACCUCCAGAACGUUGGACGGUGCGUUGGUGGUGAGCCGUGCUGCCAGGCAGCGUUUUUGCGAGAAUUUUUACCCUGUGGUCAGUGGAUGCAUAUCGAUGCCAAUAACGUGAUGACAACGAUGGGAAAAGACUAUCCAUACCUUAGGUAUGGUAUGGCAGGAAGGCCAACCAGAACACUAAUUGAAUUCAUUGCCCAGAGUGUCUGCAAGGAGUCGGACAUUUGCGUGCAACGAACGCAGGAAAAACACUUAAUUUCGUAAUUUUUAUUACUUUUUAUUUAUAAUAAAUAUUUUGGAUGAGAAUAAAAAACAAAUCACUAGGCAUA